CUUUCUUCUGCAUCAAAGCCUCAACCUUUGGCCAUUAUCUGUCCCUACACUAUAAGUGCGUUUGGACGAGUGGCUCGGUGCAGUCACCCAUUUCAGACGAAACUGUUUCACACUUCCAGAGCUAGAAAACAAGAAUUUUCUUGAUCUGUAUCCUCACGCGCCCAACAAAAUGCAUCUGGACGGCCGGGGGUCAGCCGGAUAUCAUGAGGUUAUUGCAUGAUACCAGCGCCUUCACCCCCGUUGAUAUUCAGCCACCAUCACGCUCUACCGAUCCCCACCAAAUCGCACGCUCCAGAUGCAGAAAUCCAAUUCCCUCACACCCACCCCUCCCCUUCUCCAACCAUCGGCCUACCACCCUCAUCAACUCCCCUCGCCUACCCACAUACCACCUCUUCCCUCCAUCCUCGUCUCGCGCUCAUCUCGCUCUCAACGUCACGCUCACCCCUCCAAAAUCUCCGACCAACCCGCGGCCCCUGCGCCGAUCACACAGAUCCCGAGCGCCACCGAUCCUGGGUCCAAUCUCCCCGGGCUCCGCGGCCCUCCAUCCCCCCAUCACUCAUCCCCCCAGCAGCUCAUCGUGUCAUCUCAUCCCAGCCCCGCCACGCCUCCAACGCUCAUUUCGUGUUCAGAGAGCGCACGUGCCAUUUCCGCAGCAUCCAAUUUCGGCCCUCCCCACCUCGAAGCGGACGGGUGUCAAACGGCUGCUUGCAAGCCACGUUUCCCCACUCCCGCGCUUAGGGAAGCGUGAAACAGCCUCAUCAAAGCCUCAUCACAGCCUGGCCCGGCCAAGCUUUGGAUUUGGAUGUGCUGGAUCAGGAAGGGCCCGAUGAGUCUACGGAAAUGGAUGCAUGUCGCGUGGGAGGAGGGAUUUGGAUGACUGCUUGAGGCGGCGUGAAACAGCUUAUCACGGCUUUCUCUGAAAUUGGCUGGGAGUUCCGUGCGAGGAGCGUUGAGAGGCGGGCGCGAAUGUGGUGGUCUUGAGAUAUAUUGCCUGCUUGUGUGACUUUGGCAGCUUUUGAAAGUUCUGUGUCUGGAAUU